ACUCAAAAAUUUUUUUCAGUGAGGGAGAGGAAGACCAGAAAAAAUAGAUCACGUGAAUGUAGCAGAGUAGUAGGGUAUAUGACCUAAGAGACCAAUCAGGUGACCAAUCAGGUGAUGAUUAGCAUGUGACUCACUUUGUGAUUGGUAGUUUAAAGAUAGAGAGCAGUGUGUGUGAGUGUCUGUUUAGAGUGAUAUCAAUUGCCAUCCAUAUCUACAGUUAUAAUUUAUCAAUAAAUACCCCCAUUUAACAGGCUAAUCAUCUAUAAUAGAGUUCAAUUAACUUGAUUAGAAGUAAUAACUACUGUUGAUAUGACACAGUUGACUCCUAUAAGAGGGUUCACCAAUACCCCAGUUACCAAAGUAAUAUGUAUUAUAACUACCAUACUAGCAUUAUCCAUAUCAGUAUUACAAUUGAAACCAUAUUUAAGAUUAUCAAUCGAUCCCUAUAUCAUAGAGUAUUUUCAAUAUUGGAGAAUACUAAAUUAUCAAAUAUCAGUAGUUAAUGAAUCAGAUUACCUCCUUGUCAUCCUUUUAUGGUUUCAUUUUAAGAAUUUAGAACGAUUCUAUGGUUCAAGAAAGUAUUUCUCCAUUAUAAUCUUAUUCACAUUAUAUAAUGCUGCAUUUUGCUUUAUCUUUAUGAGUUUCGCUCAAUUAGGUUUAUAUUAUAUCUUAUACAUUUUAAAAUCAGUCAUAUUUAAUAUUCCUCCCAAUGAUAAUCAAUAUCAAUCUUUAAUCUUUAAUGAAAUCAUCCCCGGUCCAUUAGGAAUCUUAUCAUCACUUUAUGUUUGUUAUGGUACGUUUAUACCAGUUUCAUAUCAUUUCAAAAUCUUAUUAUCAAAACCAUUUUCAUCAACCUCGUCUGAUUCAACAUCAACUUCUCCAACUCCAACAUCUUCCGAGUCACAAUCAAUAGAUAGAACUCCAUCAAGUAAAGAAUUAACCUUAACCAAUCAUUUCCCCAUUCAUAUCAUCUAUACUUUACUAUUACUUAACAAUGGUGCCAAAUCAAUUAUACCUUGUUUAGUAGGUUUACUUGUAGGAAAAUUACAUAUCUAUGAAUUAUUACCAGGAAGUAAAAAUUGGUUAUUAUCAAGUAUAAUAUUUAGAUUCCUUAUUAAUCCAAGUAAAUCAAUCAAUAAUGGUAUUGAUCUAGUGACAAGAAGAUUUGGAGGAGGAUACAUAUCUCUUGGAUCAAAUGAUAAUUUAGCAUCAAAUCAAAAUUCUGUAACCACCAAUCCUGAUCAAAUAGAGGAAGCAGAAGAGAUAUUAGAUGAUAAUGAAAAUAGAAAUGAAGAACAUGAAAUAAGAGCCGAAACUCCAGUUAGACCUUUAGGUAGUCAAUUCUUGGAUACAUUUAGGUCAUAAGUAGUAGUACGUAUUUAUAUAUAUUAAUGAAAUGAAAAGCUAUAUACAAUAAUGAUAUAAUUAAG